CUCGUAUGUCAGAUAAAGAUUAAACUCUUGUGAUUGAAGGAAAAGGGGCCUACAACUAUUUUAAAUCGUGUAGGUUUAAAUGAGUCACGAGGAGCCAGAUGCACUAAGUCUCAUCCGAAACAUCUUUUCGUUCACAAACACGCUUAACCAAAGUUUACGUGGGCUGCGCUAAUCUUUGCUCUCUCUCUCUCUCUCUCUCUCUCUCUAAGAACGUGGCCGGGCUCCUCCUCUUUAUGAUAAUGUGACAGUAGCAUCUCCGGCUCGGAGACAAACCUCCUUUCAUUCUGUUUCAACUAUGUGAUGUGUUUUUCCACGCACGGACCCCGGCUCCUCUCCUUCUUCUUUCUCACCCCCUUCUCCUCCUCGACUCGCUCGAUGCGCACGUCCCUCCCUCCGAUCAGCUGCGUCUGUUUGCCCAAGUUUCCUUCUCACACAGUUGACUCUGAACUUUACUUUUUUUUUUUUGACAUCUGAUUUCCGAGCAUGACCACCAUGGCGACCCCGGCCGCUCCGCUCGGGCACCACCCGGCGCCGAGUUCCGCCUCUCCGGCCGCCAACUCCCCGCCGCCCGCCGCCGCCUCCGCGGCGUCGUCCCCGGCGCCACCGGCCGCGCACCCGGCGCUGCUGCAUCCGUUCCGCGCGGACCUGCUGCUGCCGAACGGCGCGCCGCUCAGGAGCGCGGCGGCGCCGGCGGCGCCCGGCGGCGGCGCCAAGCCCGUGUACGCCACGCCGUCGCCCGUGGAGAGCACGCCGCAGAACAACGAGUGCAAACUGGUGGAGGUGAAAGGUGCGAAGCUCGCCUCGUUCACGGUGAAGGACGCGGAGCUCAUCUGCCUCCCGCAGGCGUUCGACGUGUUCCUCAAGCACCUGGUCGGCGGGCUGCACACCGUGUACACCAAGCUGAAGCGGCUGGACAUUACGCCGGUGGUGUGCAACGUGGAGCAGGUGCGCGUGCUGCGGGGGCUCGGGGCGAUCCAGCCCGGCGUGAACCGGUGCAAGCUCAUAUCCCGGCAGGACUUCGAGACGCUGUAUAACGACUGUACCAACGCAAGUUCGAGACCUGGACGACCGCCCAAGAGACUGCAGAGUGUGACAGAGGGCGGGACUCACCACAUGCUGUCCCACAGUGGUCUGAUGCACGCUGGGAUCAUGCCUCCUGCAGAUCUGUCUGCACUGGCCAAAAAGAUCAAGCUGGAGGCGAUGGCCGGUUACCACAGCAACCAACAACACGGCAGGCCAAAUGGGGAGAACGGCGACCACAACCCUGGCCUGGUUCUGGACCAGUUGCCCUUCAUGAUGAUGUCACAUCCUCUGAUACCUGCCAGCCUGGCGCCGGCCUCCGUUUCCAUGGCGAUGGGCCAGAUGAACCGCCUGAGCACGCUGGCCAGCCUCGCCAACGUGGCCCAGCUCCACGCCGCCAGCCCCCCCGCCAGGGCCCCCGCCUCUGUCAUUAAGGAACGGGUCCACGACAGCCCCUCACCUUCACCGUCGCUGGAGGAGGCGCCGCCGUCCUCCAACCACAGCAGCAGCGUGUCAAGUUCCCCGUCUCACCCGGAAAACACACACCCAGCUCAUGACGGCCUGUCGAGUCACAGUGUGCUGGGACAUUCCCCGGCUGUGGGACAGGGGGCUCGAGAAACAGAUGUGGCCUCGGUGGAAUUCAGCAAGGAGAACAAGAGGAGCCUCUCUGACAGAGAUAACAGCACCUUGGCCUCUCAGACAACCAGGGAGAGCUGUGAUAGACAAGUCUACCAGAAACCCCCGUCAAGCAGGGAGGCCUGUGAAAGAGUAUCUUACCCUGCGGGACAGAAGCUCCCAGCAGGUCUCCACCACACUCCCUUCAUCUUCCCGGAAGGCUUGUCCUCCAUAGAGACCCUCCUCACUAACAUCCAGCAGGGUCUGCUGAGGGUUGCCAUAGAGAACGCGCGGGCGCAGGAGAAACAGGACCAGCUGGAGAGGACGGAGCUGAAGAUGGAGCUCGUCCGGGAGAGGGAGCUGCGGGAGACUUUGGAGAGACAACUGAGCAUGGAGCAUAAAAACAGAGUUCUGAUCCAGAAGCGUCUAAAAAAGGAGAAGAGGAGUAAGAGGAGGCUACAGGAAGCGCUGGAGGAGGAGGUCAAGCUUCGCGAUCAGGCCGAGCACAGCCUGCUUCACACUGGCCAUCAAUCAUCAGCAGCCCUUCCUCACAGCGAAGCCGUGACCCCGGACGCAGACGGGAGCAAGCACGACGACAACAGGCCGGACACCAAGGCGACGGUACACGAGGGCAGAGUGUUCCUGCAGACCAGCGGGCUGUACUGAAGACAGAGUGGAGGGAUGAAUGCGUGGAUGGAUGAAUGGGUGAAUGGACGGAUGAAAGGGUGGGUGCGAGGAGAGCGACGGAGAACCCUCACGUUCGAGAAAUACAAUCAACAGGCAUGUUCAGUUACGGUGGCGUCUGAGAUCCACACCUCAGCCUCAGAAGGACCCCCCCCCCCUCGUUUCCACUGUUGUUUAAUUUAUUGCAUUUAUCACCGAAGCUCAGCCCCGCUGGGAGCAGGACCGAAGUCCGAUGAUGUGUUUUGACUGUGUUUCUUUCAAUCAAGGUUUUUAGAUUCUAGACGACGACCAUAGUUGUUUUUUGUCAGUGCUGUUUUUCAGGACAAAGGUGAUGAAUAUAACUUGUAACAGAGUUGUGUACAUAUAUAUAGUCAUCAUUUUUGUUAUUGCUAUCAAACACAUAAUGGCAUGUUGUACAGUCAGUAAAUGACUUGUAUUGUGUAUGUUAUGCGGUAGUGCAGUUUGAAAAUACAAACAAUACAAACACUUUUUACGAA